AUGUACUCCUGCGCGAACUACCCCCGUGGAUGUCGAGGCCGCGUCGGCCAACUUGGGGCAAAAUGCUCUGACUGUGUUACUCUGAAUUUGCGCCGCCCAGCAUUUGCCUCGCCAUUCGCUCAAUCGCGCGAAUACAAGCGCAUGCUGCCCUCAGAGCUCUUUGGUGAAUCCACCCAAGCCUCAGAGCCCCAGCUGUAA